AUGAUAGAUUCAUCGUCCUCUUUUGUCGCGUCAUCGAUCCCCCUCCUCCACAAUGCGGUGAAAUCCGUCAUUUUUAAAGCGGCCGAGCUUCUCAUGGCCCUUUUCGUUUUGAAGGGUCUUUCCUUCGUUGCAUCACGCUCAAGCCAGUUCACGUCGUACCUCAUGUUCAGCGAAGACUACAUCCAACGCUUCUUGUUCUUUCGGUCAAGAGGCGUCUCACGGGCAGGCGUUAUUGUCCUGCUCUUCACCAUCCUUCACUUGCUUGCGUCUCUUUAUGGUACCCUACUCUGGGCACUAGACUCACCGGGAUAUAUCUUCAACAAGUCCAACACCACAGUGGCCGAGUACCAGCAUUUGCGCAAGGCUGAUCCUCCCUACAUUGUUCAACUACACCUCGAUCGCGAGAAAUUGAAAAGUACGGAGCAAUCGCUUGCACAGGUUGUGGGAUCCGACCUGUUUAAGCCAGGUCUCAACUACACUUUGACCGGGGAAGUUCGGAGGGGCACUCCCCAAGCCUUGGCACCGACAAGGCAACAUGAGGUCGGCGCUCGUAUCUGGCUUGACAGCGAUGGCUUCUCAGUCUCAGCAGACAGUGCAGUUAUGAUCCCAAAUGUCACAGCUGGCGGCCCGGAGUUUCCUCUCUGUAUCUACUACGGUCAACGCUCGAUGAAUUGGAACUGCACGUUCAACAACACGUUCUCGUUGACCAUGUUUCAAAGAGUCGUCGGAAAGCCAGAGGUACACUGGGAUGACCAAUCGGACCUGAAUUUAGGCUCGACAUACGUUAACCCAAAUAGAGUCGACAACAUUUGGGCCUCUUUCGGUGGUGGUGGUGGUUCUGCAACAAUGAUGCAAGUCUUUACGGUAACCAAAGGGAAGCGCCGGCAUACUUUUGUCGAGUUCGCCCUCAAGGCCACUAUGCUCACAAGGGCGGGGGUCCCGUUUGCCUUGCAAGAGGUCCAAGACCUCGUACGACGAACCGCGGGCACAGAGGAGACAGAAAGGAAUAAUCCCAUCCUGGGCAGGAUCGUGGGAGGCAUGAUGAACGCGCAGUCGCAACACCUGAGCUACCAAUUCGGAUUCAACGCUGUCGACAAUGCCAACCUCAGUGUAGUUCAGUCAAACUGGGCCUACUUCACCGCUACAAACACUAAUAGCGGGGAAGACUUGUACUCGGUCAUCAGUCUCACUUCGACGAACAUUACCCUGAUAAGAUCGGAAACCGUGGACAGCUCGCCGACGCCUUUUGAAGGCUGCGACAACGGACAGUUCCAGAACGAGGGUUUCGGCGGUCGCGUCACGCAGACUGACUGUGCUACGCCAAAGAUCGAUACUAACAGUACAGGGUUUCUCGGGCAGGUGGACACUGCUGCAGUCUUGAUAACCUACGGCCUUGGCAGUGGUCGUUCCAACGUCAGCUUCGAGUCUCUUGACGACACAAUCCUGUCUUGGAUCUGGAACACGUCGACAACGAUCGAAAGCCUACUUAUUGGGAGAGGCUAUGCCGUCAGUGUCGACCCGGCUCUAGUCUCAAUCACCGUCGACAAGUUGGUCGUCGCCAUGUCCAGCCUGCAGCUUCUACUGAGCAUACUCGCUGCUGUUCUCGGACUAGCUGCAUGGGGCUUUCUGGCGACCUGGGUGCCUGCGCCGUGGUCCAACACGUUCUUGUCAAGCCUGUUACAUAGCUUGUCAGAGCAACGUGGCUCCACGUCAAAGCCUGGGUACGUGGUCAAACCCCCGAAUAUCGAAUGGUCGACGGGGGCGGAAAGGACGAUUAUCACAGUUUCUGGGGAUGCAAUUGUCCUCCAGGGCUCGGAGAUGGUUCGCCUGGACCCUGGUAAAGGAGGCCGGGGAUCCCAAGAUGAGCGCAGCCAUGAGCAGAAUUCGGACGAGUAG